CACCACCACCCAGCGCGACACCUCGAACUCGCUUCCCUCGAUCGCCGUCGACCUCGCCGUCGACCUUGCUCCGCGGCGACCUGGUAGGUUUCAACCUCGGUCAUUGUUUGCGCGUGGUUUUUUGGUGACUCGGAAGUGAAAUGCGGAUUUUAUAGCCUUUGAAGUUGCAGUAGACAUAGUUGCGAAAUGGCCCCCGGUGCAGUGUACUGAAAGCAAAAUUCGCCGCCUCUUUUGCUUUGCUGGGCUAUUUCAUUCAAUCCUUACCAAAUGGUAUGUCUUGGGUGUGCCUUAAUUUGAAGAAAGUGAAAUUAGAGUACCUUUGGAUUCUUGCAGAAUGUAGUUCAAAGCGAGAGGGGAUAGCUAGUGGUGAUGUUUUGUGCCCAAAAAGCUUGGGUUCAUCUCGCCAGGAGAUGCGGAUUUGGAGGGGUGAGAUCGUGUUCCGGCUCCGGCAGCAAAAAUGGCGGUAAAUCCAGCACCUCCAUCGCCAAUUCUAGCAAUGGCGGAAAUUCUGAAUCGAGCAUCAGCACUUACAACGAGGCCUACAGGCAGCUGGACAAGCUGGAUUUCAUGACUGCUGCCAAGAUCUUGUUCACUGGUCCCCCGAAGAAAAAGAAGUUCGGGAUUGAUUUCCAUCUGGUACAGCUUUUCUUUGCCUGCAUGCCUUCACUGGCUGUUUACUUGGUGGCCCAGUAUGCUCGAUAUGAAAUAAGAAGAAUGGAAGCUGAACUGGAGCAGAAGAAGCUGGAAGAAGAAAAGAAAUCGAAAGAGAUGGAAAUUGACACUCCAGAAGAAACAAAAGUGGAUUCAGAAAAGGAGCUUUCUGAGGUAAAAGUGAGACUCGACAAGCUGGAAGAGGCUGUGAAAGAUAUAGUUGUUGAAGCAAAGAAACAAUCAGGUGGCAGCUCUCCUGCAAAGCAGGAGCAUGCAAUGAAGAAAGAAAUUCAAUCAUCGGCCAAGCCCAGCACCGCAGAACCAGAACCUGGAAAACCUGUGGUUAAAAUCAAUGAUGGUAAAGAAGAGGGAGGUGGUUCAGCUUCAGUUCCUGUUUCUUCUUAAAAGGAUCAGACCAAUUAAGACCCAAAAUGGAUGAGACUUCCGUGACGCUAAGUUUGAAUGAAGUUUUUGCCAAGACCGAUUUCUUUUUUCUGGAAACAGAUGCGCAAAUUAUGCUCCGGCUUAACAGAAAUCCAUGUCCAAAAGUUGCUUAACAAAGGUACAGACAGGGGAACUGACAUGCCUACAGAGAUAGUUUUCUUAUUGAUCUGAGCGGUUGUUUAGUCUGGCAGCCUAUACUUACAGUAUCAAGAGUUGAUCGUGUGCCAUGGGCUAAAUUUCGGAAUUUUCGUCCAUCAUCUGUCCUUCUUACUUAUUUAAUGAGAAUAUUUGAAUAGCCUUUAGGUUGAAUUGGCGGAAUGCUAUUAUUUUGUGAUCUGGGUUGUCUUGUUUUCUGUGUAAAUCAGGAAGUCAUUGAAGGUAAACUCAUAUUUUUUGGUCAUGAUAUAUGGUAUAUGAAGAAAGGCUGGUGAUUUAUGGAAGAA